CGCUGACUUCAUAUCCGCCCGCAGCCUGUCGUGCUUCCUGCCUUGCUGAGGGAGGGGACGGUGCUGACGGCUGGGAGGACGAAAGGAGAAAGAAAGCUUUUGGGAAGAUAAAAGAGAGAGGGGAACGGCCCGGGUUUCCACCGUCCGUCGGGAAAUAAACACCCCAGAUUCCUGUAGCUGCUGGAUUCGUCACCAAAUCAGCGCUGAAAAUGUCGACCAGUCGUCAGCUUAGCGAGAGCAGGGCCAUCCCGACCAGGACGGUGUUGAUCAACGACACAACGCAGCUACCUCAUGACUAUUGUACCACCCCUGGAGGCACUUUAUUCUCUACCACUCCUGGAGGAACCCGGAUCAUCUAUGACCGCAAGUUCCUACUGGAUAGGCGUAAUUCUCCCAUUGCCCAGACUCCCCCAGCUCACCUGCCUGUCAUCCCCGGGGUGACCAGCCAAAACGUCCUGAGUGAGAACCAGAAGAAUGAAGCCAACAACCACAUCAACAACCAUGAUGGCAAGCCCACAACCGGUGAUGACGCGCAGUUUGAAAUGGAUAUCUAACUGUCUGGAACCACACCAGCAAAAGAAAAUGACCUGGCAUCAACGUGCCAGUGGCUUGGCUUGUAGAAACCAAUGUUGUGAGCCCUCAUGGCAGCCAUCUUCUUUAGCUCUCUGUCUCGCUGCUGGAUGUAAUGUGUGUAAACCAUGGGGAUUCAGUAUAUCAUACAUACAGGUACAGUGUGACCAACUCUGGAAGCUAGGUUUAUUUGAAUAGAUUUCCAUGGUUACCAAAUGCUGUACAAAUCAACAACCACACAACACAGGGAGCGGGCCUGCAUAUGAAAUACCAAGAAACAUUGUCCAAUUAGUAGAUUGCAGUGCUCAUUUUACAGCUUUCUGAGUCAGGAUCCUUAACAGAGCACACUGUAAAACUGAUCAUAUUCCAAAUUAAUUGGGGGAGGAAGUGGUAAUUUUCAGUACUGGCCUUAGAAUCAGUCAAAAGUUUUGAUAUUCAUCACAGUCUUUGGUUUUGAAGGCGCUUGUAAGCAUGUUAUUUAAGUGAUUUUUUUUUCUUUUGGAACUACUUGAAAAGCUCCACAAUCUAUUCGCGGUUGUUUGGUCAGUUUAGUUUCCCCUGAUGCUACGUAAAGGGAUGCUGUUUUGUUUUUAUUUUCCAAUUAGGUGAAAAUUUCAUGCCAUUCCAAGAUUUUACUUUCCAUAAGCAACACGAGCCUGUGUGAGUUUCCAAUUUUCAGGGGAAAUCAUUUUUUCAAAAAUAAUUUUAGGCUGUGAUUUAAUUGUUUCAUAAUCAAAUGAUUGUAUUUCCCACUAUGAUAUAAAGCUAAUUGUAAAUCUAGCAACUGCGGACAAGAUUUUCAUUUAGAAUUAAAUUUCAGUAUAACAAUAUCAGGUCACUUGGUUCAUCUUCAUUCUGUCGAGAUCUUGCAAUAAAUGUUAUCUACACAUUUCUUUCCUGCUAAGAAAAGUGAAUACACCUUUAAAACCUACUUUAACUUAACUGGUUUUGUUGUGCUGGCAAGAUCUUUGUGUUUAUAAUUUGGCAACAUCUGUCAGAUGUUUUUCAAUAUUCAAACCAGGUAAACAUUUAGAAAUAUAUGGAAAUGGUUAAUAUCCCAGUGUUCGUUCAAUAAAAAAAAAAAAA